AUGUCAACUACCAUUGCUAAUGUCUGGACAAGCAGCAAGAUCAGCACACUAGCAUCAUUUGCAUCCCUCGUUCAUCUACGCGAACUUUAUCUACGUCAAAACCACAUUUCAGAUCUGCGUGAGCUCUUAUACCUUGCUGAAUUAAAAUCACUACGUGUUCUUUGGUUGGCAGAAAACCCAAUCACUGAAUAUUCUGCAUAUAGGCACUCAGUGCUGCGUAUUUUACCCCACCUCGACACUUUGGAUGACACGCCUGUAUCAGAUGUUGAUCGAAAUGCAGCCCUGGCAGCAGGAUUUCCAACUGAAGUAGAAUUGCUAAACGACAUGUCACAUCCAAAUAGAGAUAUACACUACACUCAUCAAUCUGAUGAUUUAAAAAAUAUAAGAAAGCGAACUGGUAGCGAACAUCUGUCUGUUGGUACACCGAGACAAACGCCUUUAAAUGGUUUUGUUGAAUUACAAAUCUCGCGAACUGGUUUUCAAUCUGCAGGCCAUCGAUCCAAAGUUGAUAUAGGAUCUACUCAUCCUGGGCCCGAGUCAAAUCAGCGGCCCAAUUGGCUACGUAAUCAAACCGAGUUUGACUCGAUUAAUCAAAGCAUAAGAGCAGCUUCAACAAACCCUUACUCUUUAUCAGAGGAAGACUUGUAUCAACAUCCAGAGCCAGCUUAUUCAAAACACGACGUAUUUCCUGUUCACAGAUCACCACCUCAACAAAGACGCUCUUCAGCAUUGUAUCAAAACCAACAAUCAAGUCCCAACCAAUCUAAUCUUCUUGUUGCUGUAUUGGCGCUUGUCAAAGAACUUGAUUCAAUGUCAUUGAGAAUAGUUCGUGAUGAGAUUGAUGCAAACCUUUCUGGUUCUUGA